CACGCCACGCCGCCGCCGCCGCCGUCGUCGCGACCACUCAACAACACACACACACACAACAAAGAAGAUGCCAACAAGGGCAACCGACCAUGCCGAAGACAGGAGCGAGGAGGGCUCCGUCGGCCUCCCCGAGCUCGGCGACUCCAUCGAUGCGGCAACUUUUGAACAGAUCCUCGAAAUGGACGACGACGAGGACGAGCGCGAGUUCAGCAAGAGCAUCGUCUACGACUUCUUCCAGCAGGCCGAGAGCACCUUUGACAAGAUGGACACGAACCUCGAGAAAAAGGACCUCGGUCAGCUCUCUCAACUCGGCCACUUCCUCAAGGGCUCGUCGGCCACGCUCGGCCUUACCAAGGUCAAGGACAGCUGCGAGAAGAUCCAACACUUUGGCGCGCACAAGGACGAGACGGGCACGCAUGAAGAGCCCGACGACGAGGUGUGCCUGGACCGUCUGAAGAAGAUCAUCGCCCAGGCCAAGCAGGAGUUCAAGGACGUGGAGAAGGUGCUGCGGAAAUUCUACCACGAUGAGGGGGACGAGACCGCAUCGACGACGUCUGAUCAUUAGAUUCGAGCGCACACCAACAGCAGCAGCAACAGCAGAUAGACCAAGCAACUGCGGAAGUAGUGCACCAUGCCGUGAGCUCUUUUUUCUGGGUUACUCUUUUUUCUUCUCUCCACUACCUUUUUUUUCUUUUCGUUUUUUCCCCCGGUUUUCUCUUCCUUUUAAUUUUUUGGGUUUUCGGUUUGCAGUCGUCGAGCGAAG